ACAUUGCUCAUCUCGGUCUAUAGAGGGAGGUGUGUUUCUGUUGGACUGUGACCUGAUAGUUACUCCCAUAUAGGAGGAAAUGAACACCCAUUAGCGCUUCACGCUGUCAGCUCCCUUCCUGUAUCGGGAAGGUGUUGUGAGGGUCCACAGCCAAAUUGGCUUUUUCUUCCGGAUGACCGUGAGCCUGUAGCUGGAGACGAGACUGAAAGUGAAGUGUGCAACAAGGUGUAGCCACAGAGAUGGCCCUCAGCAAACCCGUCUUGAGCCUGAUGGAGGAUUUAACCUGCUCCAUUUGUCUGUCCCUGUUUGUGGAGCCGGUGCGGCUGGAUUGCGAGCACAACUUCUGCAAAUCCUGCAUCCAGAAGUGCUGGGGGAAGCAGCGCAAAGCGGUGUCCUGCCCGGAAUGUCGAGUGGUUCUCCCCAGGAGAGGUUACAGCAGUAACAGGGUGCUGGCCAAUCUUUGUGAGAAAGCUCGGAAGAUGGAGUUGAAUCCGGGCCUAGAGGAAGAGGGGGAGGGGGCCUCGCACUGUAUGGAACACGAUGAGAAGCUGAAACUGUUCUGCGAGGACGACCAGGCUCUGAUCUGUGUCAUUUGUCGAGAUUCACCCGCUCAUUCAGGCCACAGCUUCCUGCCUGUGGCAGAUGCAGUGGGGAAGUACAAGGAUCAGCUGAAAACAUCCUUGGAUUCUAUGGAGAAUAAAAAGGAAAGUAAAAGUGAAUUAAAGCAACAACUGCAGAGGGAUAUUUCCGAACUGCGUGAACUCACUGGAUCCCUGGAGAAAGACAUCUCUGCACAAUUUUUCAAAAUCCAUCAAUAUCUCGAAAACAAAGAGAAACAUUUAAUCGAGGAGCUGAGGAGAAAAAAGGAGGAAGAUCUGCGACCAAUGGAGAGGCACCUGAGAAGAAUCGAAGAGGAACUAACGUCACUUGAGGAGAAGAUAUCGAACCUUUGUGUAGACAUCAAACUGCAGGAUAAUAUCUCCUUUCUCAAGCAAGUGAAGAGAUGGGGAGAAAGGUACCCGGCCAACGAGGAGGACAGAGAAGAUGCCGAGAGCAGUGAAGAUGAAGAAGAUAACAAUAAAAGCCAGGAUUCCGAAGAUGAUGAAGCAGAAGGAAGUGAAUGCUCAGCGGGAGAAGAAAAAGAGAUCCAUGCAUUUUUGAGGAGGAAAUACACAGGAUUCCGUGGCCCAUUACUCUACACAGUGUGGAAGCAGAUGAAACAGAUCAUCUCUCCAGCCCCAGCCUCACUGACCCUGGACCCAAACACAGCACAUCGUAACCUCAUCCUGUCUGAGGACCUGACCAGUGUGAGACACAGUGACACGGAAUUACAGCUUCCCGACAAUCCAGAGAGAUUUGACAGGGCUCCAUGUGUUCUGGGGUCACAGGGAUUCACAACAGGGGAACACUACUGGGAGGUGGAGGUGGGGGAGAAGGCCGAGUGGGACGUGGGUGUGACAAGAGAGUCUGCAAAUAGGAAGGGAAAGAUAACACUGGGACCUAGAAGUGGGUACUGGGCUGUGUGGCUAAUAAAUGGGGAUGAGUACGAAGCCACUGAAAGCUCACUAGUCACCCUGACUCCGAGUGUGAAGCCUGGGACCAUUGGAGUUUACCUGGACUAUGAAGGAGGACAGGUGAGCUUUUACAAUGCUGAUGAUAUGUCUGUUCUCUACACGUUCACUGACACAUUCACUGAGAAACUCUUUCCUUAUUUCUGUCCAGGAUUUUUCGAAGAGGGUAAAAAUGAUGCUCCUCUUAAACUGUGUCAUUUCAAAUGGUAGAUUCCUAAACUGGUGGCUCAGAGAUGUUCUGAGGUUAAUAUUAACUUUUCCUCACUGCUCUCCCCACACAUAGUAAGAGAGAAAGGAUUAGCAGAUACUGGGGGGGACAUAAAAUGAAAAGCAAUAAAACGUGACCCCAGCCUUCAGUGUAUACAUUUGUCUGGUGGUGUCUCAUGGGUUUGGUCUAUAUCCCCUGCUUCACGGUACCUUUAGGAACCUGAUUGAAACUCUGGCUGGGUGUUAGGCUGGAAACCCAGGAGUUAGGUGGGAACAGUUGGAUCAAGCGGAAAGUGCUUUGCCAGCUCUGCUUUUUCAGCCAAGAGGGUCAGGAAUUUAACCCUGGGAAUGAGUCUGCAUUUUCAGAAAAGGGAAUGGAUUUUGGGAAUCUGAAUCUUUCUUUUGUGGUGUUUGAGCAAUUCUAAAUCCUGCAUCACUUGUGGGUGUUGUUCAGUUGUGAUGUAAAAUUCUCUUAAUAGAUAUUUUUUCAGUUUUUUGCUGAAGUUUAUUUCCAAGAGGAACCUUUGUGUUAAAAGGUAACUGUUAAAUGACUUUCCUGUAGUUUUAGCUUUGAAUUCCAUCGCAUCAAAUCACCCGUAAUUAUAAGAACAAUUAUCAAACGACGCUCACCAGAGGCAGUGCAACAACAACAACAACAAAGAAAUGAAUUAAUAAAGAGUUGGAGGUGGAAAUAAUGCACUGCAACACCCACCUCACUCUAAUUACAUUAAGGCUUAAGCUGGAGUUAAGGUGGACACUGCGUUGUCCCACUCAAAGAGACCUGGGCAUGAACAUAGCCCCAGAAGAGGGACAGAGCAGUUGGACAUCACUAGCGCCUCUCCAGCCCACUGCCUGGACCUGUUGGUGGCUACUUUCUUGGAGUUUUAAUAAUUGGAUUGAAAUCAGCAGAAACAAAUGAGUAAGCUCAGGCCACUUUUGUUGUGACUAACCCCUGUGUAAAAAUUACUUCACACUGGCUCUGCUCUCAAUGAGAAUCAUGAACCCUCUUGUAGGAGGGUUUUCCAAUUUAUUGCUGCUGAGAUAUCAAUCAGCAUCUUUAAAACAUUGAUCAAUUGAUUAAGAAACUGACUGCUUUCUCUUUCAUUAUUGUUGGAAUUGGUUAAUUGUUUAGUUUGUCAAAUAAAUGAUUUGGUAAUAUUCAACAUUAAACUGGUACGCAGCACUGA